AUGGGAGUCAUGGUGAUGAUGAUAUUCCAAACAUUAAACUAUAUGUUCGUGUACCAUUUGAUUGGGCACAUCCAAGUCCUAAAGCAGAAGAUUAAGAUGGAGUUUAAGCCAAUCUUGAAUGAUCAAGAAACUAGAGAUAUAUUGAUAGAGGUGUUCAAAUAUCAUGGUUUUAUUUUAAGGGUGUUUAAAAAUGUGCGAUCUGCGUUUGGUAUCAAUGUGACAACUACCUAUCUGCAUAAUCUAGUUGGAGAUAGUUUGAUGAUGUACCAAAUCAUGUAUGCGGGUAAGGAAAAUAUAUUAUUGUACGUCGUCAUGGUGAUCGUCUACAUAGGGGGGUUGAUAUUGAUGUCCUUUGUUUUGGAGGAAAUACGGAGACAAACAGAAGAUCUAUCUGACAUAGUAUACAAUAUUCCGUGGGAGACAAUGUCUGUAUCUAAUCAGAAGACUUUUCUCCUCCUGCUACGAAGAGUUCAACCGCCUUUAGAAUUCCAAGCAUUUGGGGGCUUAAGAGCUGGUGUUAGACCAAUGAUAUCGGUAAUCGGGUUUUUUCUUGCUCUUUAA